GCACAGACUAAACUUCUACAGAUCCACUCCAGAAAUUUAAUCCGACCUGGAUUUCUGAAUCGUUCCAGAUGACCACUGAAGAAACUUCUCAGGAAGUCACAGCAGCUUCUCAUCCUUCCUCAUCAGACCUACUAAUAAUGGGCUUCAGUAACCCUGACCCUAGUCCUGGUACCAACUCCCUGCCCCUAACAGAGGAGCUUCUCCAACAGCAGUGCAGAGAUGAGAAAACCCUACAAGAGAGAUGAUGGGAAAAGUCAGUGUUCCCUCAGAGUAAAAAAAAAAUUGUGGGGCACAUGAGACAGAGGCACCUCGAGCACACCUUGUUAGGUGAAAGGAAGCCAGAAACUCUUCCUCAGGUGACAGAGCAGAAUAGACACAAGUGUGAAUGUCGAUACUGCCAGAGUUAUAGGCAGCGUAUUUCUGGGAUCCCUUCAGAGAGGAAUGGAGUCCCAGAUCCUUACUCCUGGAAAUCCCUCCUACAGGGACUCGGUGGCUUGACCCACAGCCUGGGUACCUGGCAGCCCUGCCUUCUGCCAGAAGGGGGGCUCCAACAGCAGGAGACAGAGGAGAAGUGCCAAUAAGAGAGGAAGCAGGAAAGCAAAAGAACAUUUCAGAGGCUCCUAAAACAGUGGUUAAAAGGAAACUGAGACUCUUGUCCUCACGUGAUGGAGGCUUGACAGGAUUCAGACAUGGAUGCUAGCAUUGCCAAAUCCUCUGCGUGGAUUCCUGUUGGGGACCGAACUGUAAGGAAUAACAAGAGCAGUGU